AUGCGGCUGUGCCUGCCAUUACCAGAGGAGGGCGAUCAUCCAUGUGACGACGAAGAGUCCGACGAUGAUGAAGCCCAUCGCGCCGAGAUCCAAGUUCCUGAUGGCGCCGAGAAUCCCGUCGUGGAUGUCGAGUUUGUCGGUGAAGAUCGAGAUGAUUUCUGGGUCCCGAUCAGCAGUGCCACUGCCACCGAGAGUCCGGUAAUCACCAUGUUG